CAAGGAGAAACCGAGGAACCUCCCUUCUGUUCGUGUUCGUGUGCGAUCCGUGCGAGGUCCAGUUUCGAAAACUCAGGUCCCGUGAAAGUGUCGUGCUUAGUUAGUUUUUUUGGAACUGGAUACGACUUUUAAGAAAUGGCAUCAGGAGUAACUGUGGCGGAUGUCUGUAAGACUACUUAUGAAGAAAUAAAAAAGGACAAGAAGCAUCGGUAUGUGAUCUUUUACAUUAAGGACGAGAAGCAGAUUGAUGUUGAAGUGAUCGGAGCUCGCGAUGCAGUUUACGACGCUUUCCUUACUGACUUACAACAAGGGGGUAGCGGGGAGUGCCGUUACGGUCUUUUCGAUUUCGAAUAUACUCAUCAGUGCCAGGGCACAUCUGAGGCUUCCAAAAAACAGAAAUUGUUUUUGAUGUCGUGGUGUCCCGACACAGCAAAAGUGAAGAAGAAGAUGUUAUACUCCAGUUCUUUCGAUGCGCUGAAGAAGUCAUUAGUUGGUGUGCAAAAGUACAUUCAAGCAACGGACCUUUCGGAGGCUUCCGAGGAGGCUGUGGAGGAAAAACUCCGAGCCACUGACAGGAACUAAGAAGCACAAAAAAGAAAGGAAAAAAAAAGAAA